UGAUAAGCAUGCAGAAUUACUACGAGCUCUCGAUUCUACUAUUUGGAAUUAUUUAAGAAUUUACGUUCAUUCACAAUCUAUUGUGGGCUUGAGCCUAAGUAAGUAGAAACGAUCUCUUACCUAAAGGUCAUCAUUAGCUUUACUCAUCUCAUUAUGCUUUAUAUUACGGUUAGUCGUAAGUUUAAUACUAUCCCUAGGCUGUGUCUGUUCCGAUUCUGCACCAUCUGGAGCUGUAUGCCCGAUGGUAGACAUGUAGAGUUAGUCAGGCAUUCAUUCCACUGCGAAUCUCUGACCAAAGAUUCUAGCCAAGAUUCAAUGGUGAUCCUGUUUGCAGAGAGGAGAAGUUAAAUUUCAAUAGUAGGUCGACGAUCAUCUCGUGUUAGGAUACUGCUCAAGAGGGUUUCGAUCAGCGCGGAAGAGCUAUAAAGACAAACACAGGCACCUUCUAUCUCCAUCAAAAGUUGAAUCAUUCACUUGCUCUAAACAAUCAUCCUGCGAUUCGAAAGUCCAUUGACAACACUUCACGAUGAAACUUUUCGCUAUCAUCUUCCCUCUUGUUUUAGGGCUCACCUCAGCCUUACCCGAGUCCGGAUUCCAAAAGGCGUCUCUCAUCCAGCGUGAAGAAGCUGGAGCAGCAAGUGAAUUUUGUGAUCAAUAUUGCAGUGAUUGCUCAGUGCGCAAUCCCCGUUGCGUUAUAUGUGUAAGUUAUUCAUCUGGCCUGGGGAUUUUGAACAGUUCUUCACUCAGAUAUUAACACAUUUCUAUUGUUUGUAGUGCCGUAAGGAGUGGGACUAGCCGCUGGGUUAUACUGGAGGGUGGGAGUAGCCAUCAAGAGGAAAUGCUAUGCCGAUACUAUAUGCUGCCUUCAUUGUUUUCUUUUUUUCUUUCACUAGUAGGCAAUAUCGCUGGUGUAGUUCACUAGAAUUGAUAUCCUUAGUGCCCCGCUAGCAA